GUGGAGGAGGCGCGGCAGGGCGGGGGCCAAGCCAAGCCGACCCAGCAGCAGUGGCAGCAGGAGGAGGAGGAGAAGGCGGCUCCCCCCAGGAUGGUCCCGCCGGCGCGCCAGCUGCGCGCUAUUUAACCCUAAGCGCCCAGACCGCGCCCGGCCCGGAGCUUGGCCGGCCUUAAAGGAGACGGUCGCUGCCUGUCGGAGCUGCCACUUCGGGGCUUGCUUGGAUUGGGGAUUUUUAUUUUUUUUCCUUUUUUCCCCCCCCGCUUCCCCUGGGGAUGCGCUCAGGGCGAGGAAGCGCGUGCAAAGAGGCGGAGGCGCCCCCGGUUUGCAAAGGGGGGAAUAAGCAGCAGAAGCAGAGGGGGCGGCCCGGGGCUCGGGCCAUGCGCGCCCCGUCCGGGCAAGCUUGCUGGCAACGUUUGGCUUGAGCGCUCCGGUCCCCGGGUGGCCGCUUUGCCACGAUGGCCAAAGAGGAAUGCAAAGCGCUCCUGGACGCGCUCAGCAAAGUCACGGCUUGCUACCGGCACUUGGUGCUGACCGUCGGGGGCGCGGCGGACUCGCAAGAGCUCCGCGAGGAGCUGAAGAAAACCCGGCAGAAAGCUCAAGAGUUAGCCGGGGUGACCCGGACCCAGCUGACGGCCGCCCUGCGGGUUAAAACGCUGCCCCGAGACGAGCGGGCUGAAUUCGAGCGCCUCUGGGUCAUCUUCUCGGCUUGUUUGGAGAUCUUGGAGAGCGACAUGCGGAGGGCUCUGGAGCUGGGCCAGGCUUUCCCUCUCCACGUGCCCAAGAAGCCGCUCAUCCAAACCGGCUUGAGCGGUGGCACCUCCGGCGUGGCCGCCCGGGCGAUGAGCGUCCAGAACAUGAAGUACGAAGCCGAAGCUAACAUCGACGUGGUGGACCUGACGGACCUGGAGCAGGAGAUCAACCAGGUGGGCGAGAUGAUCUACGAGAUGGAGAUGAAGGUCAACGUGCCCCGGUGGACGGUCGAAGCCAAGCAAGACCCGGGCGCCGAGCUCAAUUCCACCGUCAGCGGGGGCGCCUCGUCCUUGGGCGCCGUCUCGGGGGUCGAGAACAAAAGCCUUUGCGACCCGAGCAGGAUCCUGGCCGGCAUCAUUUUCAGCGCCGUCCUCCUGAUGGCCAUCGCCCUGGCGGUGUGUGUGGCCAAGCUGUCCUAAAGCGGCGGUCACCCAACUGGUGGGCCGUGGACCGCUGGUGGUCCGCGUGAAAAUGGUGGUGGUCCACAGAAAGACGAUUUGCAUUUUUUUUUAAUAUUGCACUAAAUACUAUUUGUCUUUUUUUAAAAAAACAUCCCUUUUAGUGGUCCGCCGGAUUUAAAAUUAUGAAAGGUCUUC